UUGACGGAGCGAAUUCACAUUUUCACUCUCUCAUAGGCCUAGUCCUGAUGGCGGUUUGCAUGUAUGACACGCCAGUACCGCCACGAGCGCGCGGUUUUUGACAUGCCUGAACUUCUUCCUUAUACUAGGCAUACUCCUCGCAGCCGCAUCGAAACUUCUUGUCGUGCCGCUUUUUCAAGGCAUACUCGUCGACAAAAAACCCCGACCCAAUUUGCACAACUUCGACGCUGUCGCCAUCCGACCAGCUAUGCGUGAUAUCAAGGCCGUUUGGUGGAAAAAUGCCACCUUCUAUCAGAUCUGGCCAGCAUCGUACAAAGACUCCAAUGAGGACGGUAUGGGCGAUCUCCAGGGUGUGAUCUCGACAUUGGAUUACAUCAAGGGUCUUGGAGCUGAUGCCAUUUGGCUCUGUCCUAUGUAUGAUUCUCCUCAACAUGAUAUGGGCUACGACAUAUCAAACUACGAGGACGUAUGGUCAAAAUAUGGUACACUUGCCGACAUGGAUUGCCUCAUCCAACAAGCGCAUGCGCGUGGAUUGCGGUUGAUCCUAGACCUGGUGGUAAACCACACAAGCGAUGAACAUGAAUGGUUUCGAGAAAGCAGAAAAAGCAGGGACAACAAAUAUAGUGAUUGGUAUAUUUGGCGUGAUCCAAAGUAUGCGAACGGCAUACGACGACCCCCAACUAACUGGAGGGCAGCAUUUGGUGGGAGUGCCUGGCAAUACGUGCCCGAGAGAGACCAGUAUUUUUUACACCUAUUCGCCCCCCAGCAGCCGGACCUGAAUUGGGAAAAUGCUGCAACACGACAAGCGAUAUAUGCAAGCGCCAUCGAGUUCUGGCUCAAACGAGGUAUCGACGGCUUUCGUGUGGACACAGUCAAUCUCUACUCCAAUAAUGUCAACUUUCCUGAUGCAUCGAUCACAGAUCCUGCAGAAGUAUACCAGAAUGCAGAACUGCUCUAUAUCGACGGACCCAGGAUGCACGAGUGGCUCAGAGAGCAGCGGCGCGACAUCCUCGACAAGUACGGAGAUAUAUUUCUCGUUGGAGAACUUCCAAGCACUAAAAGUGACGAGGUCAUCAAGUAUAUCUCAGCCACGCAGCGGGAGCUUGACUGCGUCUUUGACUUUGGCAUCUGUGAACUUGGUGGCCGUUACGGAAGGCCGCCUCAUGAGACGUGGCAGCAUAGCUUGCCUGAGCUCAAGGCAGCAAUCCAAAAGACUCAAAGCUUGCUAGACUUUCCCCAUACGUGGGCGACAGUUUUCGCCGAGAAUCACGAUCAGCCACGGAAUCUGUCCACGCUCGGCACGGAGGGUCCUAAAUAUCGUAUCAAGUCCACGCAACUACUUGCAAUCCUCUUCGCCACUCUAUCAGGCACUCUGUUCGUCUAUCAAGGCCAGGAAAUCGGCAUGAUGAAUGUGCCUCGGGGUGAAGGAUCGAAGUACUUCCAGGACGUCUGCUCGUUAAAUUACCUCAAAGAUAUCCAGCAACGGUAUCCAUCCGAUGAGAGCAUGUUGCAGAAAGCCCAGGAUGCUCUUUGUCGAGUUGGUCGCGACAAUGCACGAACUCCAAUGCAGUGGACUGAACGUCCCAAUGCAGACUUCACAGCUGAAGAUGCAACUCCGUGGAUGCCUGUCAACGAGAAUUACACCAAAAUAAACAUGGUUCACGAGCAGGACGACUCCAACGGCAUCCUCGCGAUGUGGAAGCGCAUGCUGAAGAUCCGAAAGGAAUAUGCAGACGUCUUCAUCCACGGUCAUUUUGAGAUUCAUGAUUUUGACAAUCCAUUGACAUUCACUUUUACCAAGAAGGCUAGGGACUAUCAGGCUUAUGUGAUGUUGAACUUUAGCACUGAGGAGCAGGAUAUUGUUAUUCCUGACACCGUCGAAGGCUUGAAACUGGGUUCUCUGGUUAGCAACGAGACUGACCCUGGGGAACGUCUGGGGCCAUGGGAGGCGAGAGUGUACAUUGGGGAGCGACUUUCCUAAGCCAACCACUGUCCCACGCUCUGAAUGAAGGCUAGCCACCCGUUGCUGAAGCAUAUGGGUUACAUAGUAUAUGUCCAUACAUGCAAUAGGCCUAAGUCAGUAAUCACCAGAAGUACAUAUACCACGAAAGAAUU